AUGGGAGAAACGAAAUCAACCCCAGAAAGCGAACACUUGGAGUCCAAUGUGAAAGAAGAUCCUUCCACCGUCAUUCCAGAUCCAGGAGAAGACCGUCAACCAUACGGUGCACCCGGUUUAAGCGGCGUCCUCGCAAACAAAUAUGUGGCAACAUGUGCUGCCUUCGCAACGUUGGGAGGAGCCAUGUUCGGAUACGACCAGGGCGUCGUAUCUGUAACUCUCACCAUGGACCAUUUUCUUGAAACCUUUCCCGAAGUUGGGGCAGAUGCGGCCGGGGGCGGGUUUCAAAAGGGCAUUCUCACAGCAAUGAUUGAGCUGGGGGCAUUCAUUGGCGCCAUGAAUCAGGGAUGGAUCGCAGAUAAGAUUUCACGAAAAUGGUCGAUCUUCGUUGCGGUAUGGAUCUUUGUCUUUGGUUCCGCGCUGCAGACUGGUGCAAUGAACUUUCAGAUGCUCGUUGGUGCUCGGUUUGUGGGUGGCAUCGGUGUGGGCAUGCUGGCCAUGGUUGCGCCGUUGUACAUCUCGGAGAUUGCUCCUCCUGAAAUACGUGGUACUCUGCUCGUAAUGCAGGAGCUUUCGAUUGUCGCAGCUAUUGUGGUUGCUUUUUACAUCACGUAUGCAACCCGUUUCAUUCCAAAUGAGUGGUCAUGGCGGCUCCCAUUCCUCAUUCAGAUCAUACCUGCCCUGGUUCUCGGUGCCGGCAUACCUUUUCUCCCAUACUCACCACGUUGGCUGGCUAGCCGAGGACGUGAUGAAGAAGCGCUCCAGGUUCUUUGCAAGCUGCGAAAAGUAGAAGCCACUGACCCACGCGUAUUACAAGAAUGGGUCGAUAUUCGAUCCGAAGCCGUCUACUGCACGGAAGUGGGCAUUUUGCGUCAUCCCAAUUGUCAGGAUGGAAGCUACUCAAGUCGAGCUAUGCUUCAUGUGUGGAGUUACUUGGACUGUUUCCGCAAGGGAUGCUGGAAGCGCACUCAUGUUGGUAUUGGACUGCUAUUUUUCCAACAAUUCGGUGGCGUCAACGCUCUGAUUUAUUACUCACCCAGCUUGUUCGAAGGAAUGGGCCUCGACUACGAAAUGCAGCUCAACAUGUCCGGUGUUGUGAACAUAUGCCAGCUAGUCGCUUGUCUAUGGGCAUUAUGGGGAAUGGACAAGUUUGGUCGCCGCCCUUUGCUCUUCGGAGGUGCGACAUGCAUGGCGAUUGCCCACCUCAUCAUCGCCGUCCUCAUGAGUCAAUACCAAUCAGACUGGCCUUCUUACCCAGUCCAAGCCUGGGUUUGCGUCGCAUUCUUAUUGGUCUUUAUGCUCACUUACGGAGCCACCUGGGGUCCAAUUCCUUGGGCAAUGCCGGCCGAGAUUUUCCCUUCUGCUCUACGUGCCAAAGGAAUGGCCUACUCGACAAUGUCUGCAUGGCUUAACAACUUCAUUAUCGGGCUCAUUACGCCGCCGCUUAUACAGAACACCGGCUACGGCACCUAUGUUUUCUUUUGCCUUUUCUGUGCUUUAUCAUUCGUGUGGUGCUGGUUCUUUGUUCCAGAGACGAAGGGACGUACAUUGGAGGAGAUGGACGUGGUCUUCAAGGACAACAGCUCGAGCGAAGAAAAAAGACAACGGGCCCGUAUUGAGGCGACGAUCUGGGCGCUCGCGGACAAUAGGCCUAAUGGUGGAUUUGCAGAUGUACACAAGAUGAUCUAG